AAUUUGGUGGUCUCAGAAGACCCGCGCUAGAGUAGUGUUCUGUUUUUCCAUUACUUUUUCUCUUCCUUCACUUAAUUCCACUCAGUUCUCCUCCGACUUUAGUAUCCUGUUUAUCCUGCUGCCCGUUGCGGACCCUUUAUGAGGCAGGAACCAAUGUGCCACGAGGCUUUGGCGGCUGAGGGACUGUUUGUAUAAAGGACUAGCUGUUCGGUGUGGCGGGUCCGUCGAUACAGUUCCGGUGGGAGAACGCGGCAGUGAAGUCUUCGUCUUCGGUUCCUGCCAUGCACCGACCGAAUUUUCGACCCCCGACUCCUCCUUACCCCGGCCCGGGUGUAGGAGGCUGGGGUGGCGGAAGCAGCUUCCUGGGUACCCCGGGCGGGGGCGGACCGCGGCCGCCCUCCCCUCGGGACGGGUACGGGAGCCCGCACCACACGCCGCCGUGCGGGCCCCGGGCUAGGCCCUACGGAAGCAGCCACUCUCCGCGACACGGCGGCGGCUUCUCGGGGGGCCGGCUCGGGUCUCCGUCCCCUGGCGGCUACCCUGGCUCGUACUCCAGGUCCCCCGCGGGGUCCCAGCAGCAAUUCGGCUACUCCCCAGGGCAGCAGCAGACCCACCCCCAGGGUUCUCCAAGGACAUCUACACCAUUUGGAUCAGGGCGUGUUAGAGAAAAAAGAAUGUCUAAUGAGUUGGAAAGUUAUUUCAAGCCUUCAAUGCUUGAAGACCCUUGGGCUGGCCUAGAACCAGUAUCUGUAGUGGAUAUAAGCCAACAGUACAACAAUACUCAAACAUUCACAGGCAAAAAAGGAAGAUACUUUUGUUAACAUUUCUGAAAUUCACCUGGAAGCUUCAUGUGUCAGGAACAUCUUGGACAAAACUUUUACUUUGUGGUUAAGUUGAACCCAAAGUUGAUGACUUUGGAUAACUAGUAAGGUCUUCAUAUUUUUCAUCAUAUCAAGUGUUAGAGAAGAAGAUAGGAUAAAUGCAGUGUAUAGCUCUCUGGAAGUGCCUACCACAUUUAGAAGAUUUACAGUUUCCAUAUAUUUAAUACUACUGAUUAUAUAAUGAACAUUUGUCUUAUAAUGUUUUCCAGUGUUUUAAAAUAAACCAUUUUGUCUUUCUA